GAGUGAUCGAGAGUGAUCCUCUUCAACGCUCUAGGUCGGCUGAUCGAACCGCGAGACAGCGUAGUGCGGAGCGGCGAUCAGGAACAGCUCGAGCUCUGCUGGAGGACCUGCGGUCAGAAGUGCGUCACCUAGCAGAAAAGAGCCAGCAGAGCCUCUCAGUCUCUGUGAGAUCUACCUCGGGUGAUGUUUUUCUAGGCCGCAGCAAUGCUGAUGGUAUGGCAUUGACGAACCCACACUUACCAAUGCCUGGUUUAUCCACAUCUCUACCUCCGAGUCAAGCACGUAUCAAGCAGUCAUCUCCAAACACCGCCAGAAACAAUGACAGUGCAUUAAUAUCGAGUACCGCGGUGUCGCUAAACUUGACAACUGCAGGCACAACAAGCUACAAUUUGGCAGGCAACUUACAACAAAGUCGUGACCGGCUAGGCGGGAGUAGUGCGAGUCAAGAGCUCGAGUCGCCGACCACAAGACGUAUUUUUCGCAGAUCUGUUCUUUCCGCGAGCGAACGCCUACAGCGUGUCCUGGAAAAAGAAGAAUCUACGUCAGCAGAACAGCGCAAGAGCAGAGAUCGUCGUGGUCAUACAUCACAUCCAGAGUCUCCUAGAAACAAUCGACAUGACAACAUGAGAAUAACUUCUAGCAGAAGUCGGGAUAGAAAAUACAUCCGUGAUGAGAUGAAUGUCGUGAAUUAUCAUGAUCAGCAAGAGUACCAAAGGACGGAACGGAUUCAGGAUGUCUUGGAGACAGGGUCAUCUGCCAGCAGUAGUUCCUUUGCCAGUUCCACGACUGAUCAUCUGGAUUCUGCACGCCAACCCUUGGCCCUCGACGCAGAGAAUUCGGCAUCAGCAUCGAGCAUGUCCUUGGAGGAAGAAGACGAGCAUCUUCCCGAGAGAGCCCAGGGCGCGUUGCGCUCUCUUAGAGCCAACAGUAGUCGACAUGGUGGCAUGGAGAGAGCAUCGUCUUCCAAAGCAGAGUAUCAUGCGAAAGCUAGAUCUGGUGCAGCGAUGAACGACUAUAUCGGAGGUGCGCAUAAUGGUACAGGUAAUAAAGUCGUCUCGUUCGCUCGUGGUCGUGCCGCUUCGACGCCAUCGACGAACGGAGUAUCUCGCGUUCAACGGAAAAUGUUUCCGUUGGGAACAUCAACGUCCUCGUGUAGGACAUCAAAGAAGUCACACGUCGACCGCGCAGGACGAGGAAGCACUACCGUGGCAGGAGGGCGCUCAUCUCUGUUUGUCAACGACCCAGGAGCAACAGGUCGACGAGCACGGGACCACACGCAGGACACGAUGGCAAUGGCCGAUGCGCCCAACUCAGCGCAAAAAUUUCUCUAUCAUGAAGGGGAGCACCUUCAUGAAACGCAAGUUUCCAAAGAACCCUCACAUUUUUCCAAAGAUACACUCCACGCUUCUCAAGAGAUGUCGUGGCAGUCAACACCGCAGACGCGAACUAUUCUGUACUGCUAGUGAAAAGUCCUGGGUAACUUCGCCAGUUGCACUGAGCCGAGUGGUCUGGCAGUUGUUUCUGUUUGGUUUUUAUAGCCAAAGCAGAGAUAGAUGUGGUCUUCAUCUUGCGUCUUAUAAUAUAUGUACCAGGGAGGGAGGCCCCCCUCUGUGGAUGGAUCUGUGGUGGACCACGCCAGAGGGGUCCAGCCUUGCCACCUUUGCCAGGUCUGUCGAGGGGCUGCCGGGCGAGAAUGCCUCAAAGCGCCCACUUCGUUCGGACCCCGUCCCGCUUCUUGCAUGUACCCUACAGACCUGGCAAAGGUGGCAAAGGCUGGGCCCUCUUGUCGUGUUGCGUGUACCCGACAGAGCUGGCAGACGAGGCAAGGCGGGAACCCGCCCCCUUGGCGUAGGGUUGGGCACAUGCAACGCGCCAGAGGGGUCCACCCUUGCCACCUUUGCCAGGUCUGUAGUGUUGGGCACAUGCAACACGCCAGAGGGGUCCACCCUUGCCACCUUUGCCAGGUCUGUCGGGUACAUGGAGCACGCCAAGGGGGUGGGUCCCGCCUUGCCUCCUCUGCCAGCUCUGUCGGGUACAUCCAACACGACAAGAGGGCCCAGCCUUUGCCACCUUUGCCAGGUCUGUCGGGUACAUGCAAGAAGCGGGAAGGGGUCAGAAGUGGGCGCUUUGAGGUCUUCGCGCCCGGCAGCCCCUCGCCAAAAGGGUCCGGGGCUGGGAGGCCCCCGCCCCCUCAAAAAGUUAGAUCGGGGGGGGGCCUCCCGCCCUGAGCCCUGGAACAUAUAUAAUAUAUAUUUAUAAAUAUUGAUGUUUUCAGGCUUUGCGCUGCUUGCUAUUGCCACAGCAGAAAUAAGACCUCGUGCCUGUCGAUGUCGUCAGCUUUAGACCUUGUUGACUUUGCUUUGUACAUUACUUCGAGCUACUAGAUUUCUAUUUCACAUCCCACGGGUUCUUGUUUAUGCGCAAAACUAAAACAACGCACCAUACAUUCUGUAGCUAGCAUGCAAGAAGUUCAUUUUGUUUGAUCCUGCACUAGAGUAUUCAUUCACAUUAAGAAGAACUGCAUGAAGCAGUACAUAGAUGCUUAUCCUUGUUUGAAUAUCUUUGGGAAAGAGGGGUCGGUCGCUCUAGAUCCUCUCAGAAACGCGAGCGCUUUCAUCAGGCACAUGGGGCACAAUCGCAUCCUCAAGAUAUUUGAGGCGAUGUCUGUAGUCAACUAGCAUUUCUGUUGUUUGCUCUUUACUUAAAGAUUGUUUUUGUUUCCUCGCUACUGGCUGUCCGCAGAUCCCCUCUAGUGAUUCGGGUGAAGGAAACCGCAUGAAGGAAAGCAUUCGUACUCGCCUGUGCUCAGCACUGUUGCCUUCAGAAACAUGGUUGAUUUGUGGUGCAUUCACUUGACGAGAAUAGGCUUCACCGAGUCAAGUUUUUAUCCCA